ACCCGCGUUAUAGUUCCUGCUUCUCUUUUAUAAUAAGUGGCGCGUCAAGUUGCUGAGAAAGGGUCGCAAGCUCAAAACAAUUCUCGCAGAUUAAAAUCAGGCUUAAAAGUUGCAUGAAUACAUACAUGAAAAGUUUUUAGGUUAUUUUGACAUUUGCAACUUGAUUUUUCUUGUGCCAAUUCAAGUUAAAUACUGCAAAGUGUCGCAGCCAGUUUUCGAUUGAUUUUUCGUGCACCGAGUUAAUUUCUGCCAUUGCACUUAAUUUUUAAUUUUGCAUUAAAAUAAUUUUCUGCUAAGUGUGGAGCCAACACUCGACCGUCAUGGGAGACUCAUUCAAAGCGCGUGAUAUCAGCAUCAGGGCACAGAAGAAACUUUUAGGUAAAAUGUCCAACAAAAGCGUCGCCAAGACCUUCAUAGACGAGAGAUCUGCCUCUGUACUGGACAACACAUACAACCUCGCCAAAGCCUAUACUGGCGACAAGAAGGAGGCUGAGAAGCUUGUCAAAAACAUCAUCAAGGUCGUAGUUAAAAUCGGUAUCUUGGCCCGCAACGACCAAUUUACAGCCGACGACAUCAAGUGUGCAAACAAGUUACGCACAAAAUUCUCGACGAUAGUGAAGACAAUAAUCAGCUUCUACGAGGUAGACUUCACCUACGACAAAAACUUCCUGGUGAACAACAUCACCGACUGCCGGGACCUUCUGAAGGCUCUAGUGAAGGAUCACCUCACAGACAAGAGCGUAGGAAGGAUAGACCACGUGCUGGACUUCUUCAGCAACGGGGCCUUCCUUGAGGAGAUGUUCAGGAAGGACUCUCAGUACAGACCCCAGAUGAAGGUUAUCAUUGAGGACUUGAAUAAGGCCAUGGAUGAAGGCGAGCUCUGAGUGAAGGCUCGUGUGCUUCUUUGGACUUUGGUGGACUUCAUUUUAGCCAUGGAUAUAAUCAAUCGCUAGAAAAGGGCUUAAACAGACGUUAUUUUAGCAACGGAUAAAAUCAAUCCCUGGACAAGGCCUUAAGUAGACUUUAUUCCAGCCACGGAUAAAAUCAAUCACUGGACAAGGCCUUAAGUAGACAUUAUUCUAGCCACGGAUAAAAUCAAGCACUGGACAAGGGCUUGAACGGGCUUUAUUUUAACCACAGAUAUAAUCAAUCGCUGGAGAAGGGCUUUGGUAAGAAUUAAAGUUGCCAUAGUUAAGAUUUAUACAAAACCCCUCGAGAUUGAUUAAUGUUAGCCAGUGUUUGAAUUGCCAAGUUUUUAGUCCUAACGAUGAUUUCAAGACAUGUCGGCUUUUCAACUCGUUUUACAAACCACGGUGAAAUAACACAAAAUGAUCGAAAAUUCAAAGUAGGUAUAAAUAUUUUACUGAGUUCGAACAGCUUUAGCAGCUUAGCAACAAAGAUGAAGGCAUCAUUUUCAUACACGAGGUGUAUAACAAGACAAACUUUAUAAUCUGAACUUUAUUUUUAUGUUUUUGUGAAUGUCAACACCCCAAGCCAUAAUCUGACUAAUCAGUCUGUAGCAUGGUUGAACCAAAUAAGGUUGACCCACGAGAAGUUUCGUCUUUCAGUUCAGCUUUCUUGU